UUGAGGACAAGGCCACCUGUUUUGUUGGCACCACUAGCCAGGACUUUUUUAAGGAUGACAGGGUUGUUGAAGGGCCUGAUGUUGCGGAGGACCCUCUGUGCCAUCCUCAUGGGUAUAUCCUUUUCUUUUGUCCUUUGGAGAGCUAGCUUAAGCAGGCAGUCAAUGCCUGAUCUCAAAAUACCACAGCAGUUCUCUACUGACCUUCCCGGCUGCUCAGCUAUCAUCAGUGGAGAAAUACAUGACAAGAAAAGUGAAUUAGAAAUACUUCUGGCAUCUAGGAAAAAGCGGAAGCUUUUAUCUGAGGAUUUCUACCUGAAUGUGACAAAGGACUGUCCAGCUUACAUUGAAGAGAGAGGUUUCAUUACAGUGCCUCUCAGUAAAGAGGAGAAGGAUUUUCCCAUUGCUUACUCCAUGGUGAUCCAUGAGAAGAUUGAGAUGUUUGAGCGACUUCUACGAGCUAUUUAUGCUCCUCAGAACAUCUACUGCGUGCAUGUGGACCAAAAAUCCUCGAAAGAAUUUCAGCAGGCUGUGAAGGCUAUCAUUUCAUGUCUUCCCAAUGUGUUUGUAGCAAGUAAAUUAGAAAGCGUGGUAUAUGCUUCAUGGUCCCGAGUGCAGGCAGAUCUGAACUGCAUGAAAGACCUGCUGAACUCGCACAUCCAGUGGAGGUACCUGCUCAACACCUGUGGGACAGACUUCCCCCUUAAAACCAAUGGAGAGAUGGUUAAUGCCCUGAAGGCCCUGAAUGGAAGAAACAGCAUGGAGACUGAGGCCACCAAUGAGUACAAGAAAGGCCGCUGGCAGUAUCAUCACAAUGUCACCAACACUGUUGACCGGACAAAUGAGAGGAAAAGCCCUCCACCCAUUAACAGCCCCAUGUUCUCAGGGAAUGCCUACUUUGUGGUCACAAGAGCCUUUGUGAAACACGUGAUGUGGGACAGAGAGGUCCAGAAACUUCUGGAGUGGGAGAAGGACACAUACAGUCCAGAUGAGCACCUGUGGGCCACUCUACAGAGGAUGCCCUCAGUUCCCGGAUCAGUUCCUGCCAACAUCAAGUAUGAUAUGUCAGACAUGCAAGCCCUCGCUCGUGUUGUGAAGUGGAGCUAUUUAGCAGGAGAUGUUAAAAAAGGAGCCCCGUACGAUCCUUGCACUGGUGCUUACAGACGAGCUGUUUGUGUGUACGGAGCUGGUGACAUCCAGUGGCUCCUGAGACAACAACAACUCUUUGCAAAUAAGUUUGAUCCGGAGAUCGAUGAUGUUGCCAUUAGAUGUGUGGAGGCAGCACUGCAUUUCAAAGCUUUAGGCCACAGCCAACUGAUAACAGAUCAAUGUUCUACCACUUUGUAAUGCUUAUAAUCAUUUGAAAUGUAAAAUAUGUAAAAUAUGUUAAGGCAAUCCAUACAGAACCUUCUACUGAACCGUCUUGACAAAUUCUGUUCCUAUUAUUGACAAAAUAUUAUGUUCUGUGGCCAUCAAUAUUAUUGUCAGAAUAUUAUGCAAUUUUUAUAA